UGUUUACGAUCUCCAUGGUGACCAUUACCCCAAUAUCUUAACAAAUAACGUAAACACACAAGCGGACAUGAGCGUCUCUGUCACACAAGCAUUUCAGAAGAAAAAUGAGGGCAAAAGAGGCUUCAGACAACAGAGGACAUAUGAUUAUUUGUACGAUCCAGUAUAUACAUUGUCAACUGAUGUGGAUCACGCCAGGGAAAACCUCCGAGCGCAGGCCUCACUGGAUCGACUGCGGAAGGUCCCAGAGUUUAACUCCAUGUUCAGUAAUCUUCCACACCACCCCCGUUAUACAUUACGCCUUGAAUCCACUGACCCUGUGCCUGCAUUCAUUGACCGGCGUUGGCGGGGCUACGCUGAGCAGAGGAGGCAGGCCCUGCAGCAAUUGACAGGGGUUGUGUCUGGGGAUCAUAUAAAUAGACUGAACCCUGCUGAUGUGACAGGAGUGGACCGCUGGAAGUUUUUCAAACGCCCUCUUAUUCCUUUUGCUCAACAGAUUCCUCCUGAUGUUGUAUUUGCUUUGUCAAAAUCUGACCUCCUUACUGCUCCUGAUGGAGAUGAUAAACGGCCCCCCACUCCGUUCCAGCGGAGUGUGGGAGUUCAGACUGACUAUCGGGAGAGUGAGACACAGACAGACCCCUACACUCCAGACCAUGUGGUUCGUCCUGGGACAGCCUCCCCUGAGUUGCUCACACUGGCCACACUUACAUGGGGCCGUGGGCUGCCCGCAGGGCUAGCAGAAGUGGAGAUGAUCAUGAGGGCGAGAAUGAAGAGAGCAUGGGAGGCAACUUUGCCCCCACUGGAUGACCUCUCUCAGCUUGACAAGAGGAGAAAGAUGAUGGAGGAGAUGGAGAGGAAGGAGUGGGCCUUUAGAGAAGAGGAGAUAGAGAAGCUGCAGGAGGCACGACUGACCCUGCUGGUGCAGCUCUUGCGUCAGAGGGAGGAGAAGCAGGAGGAGGUCAAGAUGGAGCGACUGGAAGCAAGCUUUUCCCAGCACCAGCAAGAGAAGGAGGCACGGCUUAAGAAAAUACGCAAAGACUACAUCAUAUCAAUGCGGAAGCUUCUUGCAAAGCGGAGGAAUGUGGAGGGAAAGCUGGAGAGACGUGAUAUAAUAAAGGAUUAUUCAGAUUAUGGGUCUCAGACAUGCGCUCCUCUGUCUCGGAUUGGCCAGUUCCCUGAGCGAUAUUCCAACCGCAGUGUGGUUAAAAGCCACUUUCUCAGCACGUACCAAGGUCUGUUAGAGCUGGAAGCAGGUUUUUCUCCAUCUGUCAUGGAGUCUCAAAUUAAGGUGCCAAGACCUAAAGUGACUAAAGGCUUCAUCACACGCUCAGCCCGCAGAGAACUAGAGCUCAUGAAGACUCAUCAGGCUUUGAAAGAUGAAAAGGUCUGCAGGGUGGAAAAGAAGCCUCUGCGGUUCCUCGUUAAGACGGAAAAACCUGCUCCACGACCCCUGACCCCUGCGGUGGAUGACCCCCCUGAGGGAGAUGAGGAAAGGGAGCUGGCUAUCAUCUUUCUGCAGAAAGUGCUCAGAGGAAGAUCCACCCAGAAUCAGAUGUUCGAGGGAAAAGAGAAACGAUUGGAACUGAUCCAAGAACUGCGUACCACCCACGCACUGCAGAAGGAGGAACAGGACAAGAAGGAGGCGGAAAAACAGGCCACACUCGCUUUGCAGAGACAGAGAGACAUCCAGUCUGACAGAGUGUCUCAGAUUGAGUCCUGUAUAGCUGGCCUGUCUGGGGGAGUGAUCGUGGACAUGCUGGACUUUCUGUCAAAAGAGUUGGUCCGGCUGCAGGAGGAAAGGCGAAUCCAUGCCUUCACACUAUUGGCUGAGAGAGACCGCCGUAUUCGUGAGGCUGAGGAGAGUGGAAGGCGGCAGAUAGAGGAAAGGAGACGCAGAGAGGAGGAUGAGACAUUUAAACAGGUGGUCAAGGUGCAUCAAGACACAGUAGACAUGUACCUGGAAGAUGUCAUUCUGGGCUCCAUUAACCAGACAGCUGAUGCCCAGGCCAGAGAGGAGAUACACCGUAAAGCUGAGGAGCUGAACACCAUCACCUAUGCCACGGAGGAGACGAGGAACAGUCAGCAGUCAGAAGAGAUUGUGGCAGAACUCGUCUACAGAUUCCUCAUUCCUGAGGUCCAGAAGAUUAAUGUCAGAGAAAGAGUUCGUCAGAGCCAGAGAAGGCAUCUGCAAGCAGCUUGUUCAAUCAUCAGUUGCAGUCCAGGAUCUUCUGCGGUCUCCCAGCCCCCAUCACCCUCAGACAGAGCCUCUUCUGCAGUCCUGAAUGACAUACUCAGCCAAGUAGAGGAGGCUGUUCCCAGAACCAUGACCCCAAGAGACCCUGGACCAGCACAAAACAAUCUGUCCAGUGAUCCAACAGCAGACACGCAUGAGGGGAAUGGAAAACAUGCAGAUUAAGCCAAAGGGCAGCACUACAAAACAUUAAAAAGUCCUAAAUGUUA